UUAACCAUUGGGCAACAGUGACAGAGUGCACUCUUCUAGCAUUUCCAAGGUGUUCUCACAGGGCCAUUUGUGCAGAGAUCGGAGAUGAAUCAACACCUGGCUCGAUCGCUGAUCCGUGGUUUACUCCAUGGACAGUACCAGAACUCAGCACGUUACGUUGUUUCUUCGUAUGCUGUCAGAAGGUGUACUGAAACCCUAUCAACUUCUUCUUGUCCGAGUUAUUUCUUCCCUGGUAUCUCGCAUUUUGGACGUCAUUUGAGCUCUGCCUCUUCUGCGGCGGAGACUGCGUUGGCUGAGAAGGAUCUGAAGGAAAAUUCGGUUACAGAUGACGCCGAACGGCAGAGUGGAAAGUCUCCGGGUAAGGGUUCUGUGAAUUCCUAUUGGGGUAUAAUACGGCCGGAGAUCACGAGGGAGGACGGGACUGCUUGGCCAUGGAACUGCUUCAUGCCAUGGGAGACCUACAAAGCUGACUUGUCAAUUGAUCUGACUAAGCAUCAUGUACCUAAAACAUUUUUGGACAAGUUUGCGUUUAGGACAGUGAAGCUUCUUCGGUUACCAACUGAUAUUUUCUUUCAGAGAAGGUAUGGAUGUCGCGCAAUGAUGCUUGAGACAGUUGCAGCUGUUCCUGGUAUGGUGGGAGGGAUGCUGUUGCAUCUUAGGUCUCUCCGUAAGUUCCAGCAGACUGGUGGUUGGGUCAAGGCCCUACUAGAAGAAGCGGAGAAUGAAAGGAUGCACUUGAUGACUAUGGUGGAGCUUGUGAAGCCCAAAUGGUAUGAGAGGCUACUGGUUCUUGUUGUUCAAGGAGGGUUCUUCAACAUGUUCUUUGUUCUUUAUAUUCUUUCUCCGAAGUUGGCUCAUCGAAUUGUUGGAUAUCUGGAGGAGGAAGCAAUACAUUCAUAUACAGAGUACCUGAAGGAUAUUGACAGUGGUGCCAUCGAAAAUAUUCAAGCUCCUGCAAUUGCUAUUGACUAUUGGAGGUUGCCCAAGGAUGCCACUCUUAAAGAUGUUGUGAUUGUGAUCCGAGCUGAUGAAGCGCACCAUCGAGAUGUCAACCAUUUUGCUUCUGACAUUCAUUAUCAGGGAAAAGAAUUGAGGGAGGCUCCAGCUCCACUUGGAUACCAUUAACAUGUUUUUCCUUUUUUUCGUGUGUUUAUUGAUGUCUAUAGGUGGCAAUGAGAAGACCUUAAAGUUGUCAUGCAUUGCUAGAGUGAGUUUGGUUAGUAAGCUGAAUGUCGUAUAUAUAACUGAAAUAUAUUGCGAUAUAUUGUUGUUUGAACAUCACGAACAAAGAUCUCUGAGGAUGGUGGUAAAAACUAAAACAAGAAAGCACAAGUUGCCUUUGCCAGUA